AUGAGAGGCGCUCUGUUACUCGGCAUCGGCUCGCUAUGCGGCCUGGUAUUGGCAAGAAACCUGGCGCCUGCUCCUCAUGGACUGGUGGCAAGGGACGUCGACCCAGCGGAGCUGUAUCCAGCCCACAACAUUUCCGUCCCGGUAGACCACUUCCACAACGACUCCAAGUAUGAGCCUCACUCGAACGACUCUUUCAACCUGAGAUACUUCUUCGAUGCAACGUACUACAAGCCCGGAGGACCGGUCAUUGUUUUGCAAAGUGGUGAAGCCGAUGCAUCUGAACGCUUACCGUUCCUGCAGAAAGGCAUCGUGGCCAUCUUGGCCUCAGCCACCAACGGUCUCGGCGUCAUUCUCGAACAUCGAUACUAUGGCACCAGCUUCCCUACGCCGGAUCUGUCCACGGAGAAUCUGCGAUUCUUGUCCACGGAACAGGCAUUGGCGGAUCAAGCAUACUUUGCCUCGCACAUUGUCUUUCCCGGCCUGGAGCAUCUCAACUUGACGGCCCCCGGGACGCCGUACAUCGCUUACGGCGGCUCCUAUGCCGGUGGGUUCGCUGCUUUCCUGCGAAAGCUGUAUCCAGAACUCACCUGGGGAUCGAUCUCCUCGUCCGGGGUAACCGAGGCCAUCUAUGACUACUGGGAAUAUUAUGAACCAAUUCGCGAAUAUGGCCCACCCGUUUGUAUCGAUACCCAGGAGAAGCUGAUCAAUGUGGUGGACAACAUCCUCAUGAAGAAUGACUCGUCCACCGUGGCCGAGCUCAAAACAGGAUUUGGUCUGGAGGGCCUUACUUACAACGAUGAUUUUGCCAAUCUGGUCUCUGGUGGAGUUGGCUGGUGGCAGUCGAAGAACUGGGACCCUGCCGUCAACAGUCCCGAGUUCGACUACUACUGCGGCAACCUCUCAUCCGACACUGUGCUGUGGCCGGGUUAUGCCGACAUGGCAUCGAAUGCGUCUUCCCUCAUUGCAGCGGGAGGAUGGGGCAAUGAAAGCGCAACAUUGACCCCCCGUUUGUUGAACUUCAUGGGGUGGAUCAAUGACAGCUAUGCCGGAUCCUGCGACGAGACUCUGGAUCAAUGCUACAGUGCUCACAAUUCGUCAGCCAGCAUGUACACCGACAAGGACAUCUCGAACUACAAUUCCUUGUCAUGGGCUUACCAGUAUUGCACCGAAUGGGGCUAUAUUCAGACGGGUUCAGGCGUUCCUGCCGACCGCCUCCCGUUGAUCUCUCGACUGUUGACGCUGGACUAUCUCACCCUGGUUUGCCGGUACGCCUUUAACAUCACCUCGCCUCCAGAUGUCGACACCAUCAACCAGUGGGGAGGGUUCAACAUCUCUUACCCGCGCCUGGCGUUGGUCGGCGGAGAAAUCGACCCGUGGCGGCCAGCGACGCCGCUUGCCACGCUCGACGUUCCCGAUCGACUGAACGAUACGAGUACCGCCAGUGAGCCAGUGAUCCUGAUUGCGAACGCCAUUCACCACUAUGAGGAAAAUGGCCUGUUUCCAAACGAGACGACACCGGACUUGCCUCCGGCUCCUGUGGCAAACGCGCAGAAAGAGUUGGCCCAGAUAGUGCAAGAAUGGAUGUUGGAAUGGGAGCUGUCCAUAGAAGCUUAA